AUGACUGAACUCCUAUGGCGCAGUCGGGGAGCUACGACGCUUUUGUCAUCCCUUCGCUGUCCCCGCAGCUAUUCAACUCAUCACGCUGCCAGAUUACCCAGCUGCAACCCCAUAUUACCUAUUGGUAGACACCAAACAGAUAACCCAUCAUUGCGAAGCCAGCAUUCUUCGAACUAUAAGCCCACUCCCUCAAUCCCCCGCCCAACACCAGGGCAGCGCAUCCCACGACCAUACCUCCCCCAAUCGAGACACCACCACACUUCACGUGCAAACAACAACGAUGAAUUCUCCGGCACCAACAACAACACCACCAAACCCAUCUCCCUCCCCACAACCCCGGAUCCCGACCUCCCACACCUCAACGCCUCGCAAAACGUGCACAUGACCAAAAUCACCGAAAAGCCCAUAACCUCCCGCCUCGCUACAGCAACCUGUCACAUCCAGUUCUCCAAUCCGCGGCCCUGGGAGAUCCUGCGCGACGGCGGAAUGACCAAAAAGGGUGAUGUAUUCAGUGUAGCGCGCAUCGCGGGGAUUAUGGCUGCGAAGAGGACACCGGAUAUUAUUCCCCUGUGUCAUCCGGGGAUAGGGAUCACGGGGGUGGAGGUGGAUGUGGAGUUGGUUGGGCCGGAGACUGCGUCGGCUAAGCAUGGUGAUGAUAGCGGUAAGUGGGAUUUAGGGCAUGGGGGAAUGAGGGUCGUGGCUAGUGUGAGUUGUGAGGGACGGACGGGGGUGGAGAUGGAGGCUAUGACGGCGACAAUGGGGGCGGCGUUGACGGUAUAUGAUAUGCUGAAGGCGGUGGAUAAGGGGAUGGUAGUUGAGGGGGUGAGAUUGUUGGAGAAGAAGGGGGGCAAGAGUGGGCAUUGGGUUAGGGAAGAUACUAUUGAUAGUAGUAGAGGUGGUUCUGAAAAUUGA